AAGCUACAUGUAGCAACCUUCAAUAUGACACUGCAGAACGCGGAUUAAGUGAACUGAUGCGUCUCCUUGUUCUCAAACAACCCGAGGGGAUACAGAACUCCAGUGUUUUCACUUCCCUUGCCAACCCCUUUGAGGGAGAUAGACAAAGUAUCAACUUUCAGGAAAUUGAAAUAGGGAAGUUUCGGGACCGACUAUCGUAGCUAUAUGUGCUUCUGUGCUGUUUUUAGCAGUCUCAGUUGAUUUUUAGUAAAGGGUCUCGCUCCAAAAUGUCUGGAUACACGGUCGUCAGAGUUGUGAUGACAUGUUUACUAUGUAUGUCAAGUUGCUGCAGCCAGGAAUUCUUCAAUGUGUCUAUUUAUGAGAACGCCACUAUCGGGACAGGGAUUUUGGACAUCCAACCACUAAAGACGGCUCCGUCGGUCAAAGAAGGUGGGUGGACGGUAGAAGGCGAUCCGUACAGGCGAUUCCAAAUCCGCGGAGGUACGCUGUUUGUGAAGAACCCUUUGGAUUACGGAGUGCAGAGUGAGUACGUUCUAAACGUCACACGUGAUCAGUACGAAGAGAGGGUGAUCAUUUGGGUACAAGUUGUGGACGUGCCUGGCUAUCCUCCUGUCUUUAACACUAGCUGUGACAUACAAGCCAGAGACACCCAAAGUGAAACAUUUGCACAGUUAACUGUUACAGAGAAAGCACAGAGAUUUCGGAGAAUUUAUUACGGUAACAAAAGGAUUGGCGAAUAUUUUCGUGUUGAUAUCGGGAAUAGCAAGUGCGAAAUAAAAGCUGCAUGGGCUUUACAUACCAGAUGGCAAACACAAAUAGCUUCAGAAGUGUUGGAAAACCCUGAAGUUUGGGAAAGUUCUACCUGUGCACGUCAGUUACAAUCGGCAUCAAUAAUUACCUUGGUGAAUCAAAAAACAAACUUAACGGAGAUCGCACAACCUAUUUUUGGGCCAUCAACUAAUAAUCUAUUCUCCCAGACCUGGAUGUCCGACCCCAAAGUUGAAUUUAUUGCUUUAUUCCAUAUACCUUUUAUACCAGACUCAAACGGCUCUAUCAAACAUGCCUGCAACAUUAGAAUCUCAGAAUACUUAGGACUAACAGAAUACUUUUUGAAAGACAUGUACACUACUAUAACAUUUGAGGGAACGUUGCAACUGCUGCCCUGCCCAAUGCAUAGAUAUGGUCCUGUAUGUAAGAGUCAGUGUACGUGUAAAAACGGUGCCAGUUGUCACAGGUUCAACGGGGCCUGCAAGUGUCCACCAGGCUGGCAGGGGGUCAUCUGUGACAUACCAAAACAGGAACUGUCCAUCAUCUCCACGCCCAGAAAUUCAGAUGAACUGUACAUCACGAGAUCUGUCACCCUUCAAUGUCAAGAACACCACGCCAAUAUUAUAAUGAUGAAGUGGUCGUUUCAACCAGAGAAACAGAGUGGCACCUUUAAGCCUAGGCCUUUGCAUGUGAAAAACGGACGAAAAUUGACAAUAGUGAAUCUUCAGCCUGAAAACAAUGGUAUGUACAUCUGCCAAGCGCACACAUCAGAGGAAAAUGCUAUGAGUGCAAACUUCACCCUUAAUGUAUCUUCCUGCCCACCCAAUCAUCAUGGGUGGAGGUGCAACGAGACUUGCAACUGUCUGCAUGGCGCUUACUGUGACCGAUGGGACGGCUGUGUUUGUCCGAAAGGUUGGAGAGGAAACAGAUGUGAACAUCUCUGUGAACCGGGGUUGUUCGGACUGAAAUGUAAGAGAAGUUGUGCCUGUAAGAAUGGGGCCUAUUGUAGUCCUAGUGACGGAACAUGUAACUGCACGGCAGGUUGGAGAGGAACGACGUGUAGCCAGCCAUGCGAGAAGGGGAAGUUCGGACACAACUGCCAAUCUGACUGCACCUGCAAGAACAAUGCCAGCUGUCAUCACGUGGACGGCAGCUGCACCUGUGUCUCCCCAUGGUCAGGAUCGAACUGUGAUGUCAUCAAGCAGCUGGAUCUUCAAUCAUCUGCUCUCAUUAGUGUUUCUCUUGUUUUAGGCUUCUUUGCUUUUUUGGCCAUCGUAGCAUGUAAGAAUAAAUGGCAGUUUAUUUCUGUGUAUAAAUGUAACCCUGUAGAGGAACAUGCUCUCUGUGAGUUGAGGAAAAUGGAAGAAGACCUGGCAGAGAAGUUACGCCCGGGAUGGCUGCAGCGCUGGCAAAUCGACAGCAGUAGGCUGACAUUAGGAGAUACAAUAGGAAUGGGUGCCUUCGGUCUGGUCACACAAGCCAACCUAAGGUUAGCCAAUGGGCAACGAACUGUUGCUGCCAAGAUGGUCCGUUUCAAGGACAAACUGUGCUACAAGGACUUUUAUAGAGAAACUGCGAUACUUACAGUCAUACAUGAGGAAAAUGGAUACAACCCUGGAAAAUCUAACAUCAUCCAACUGUUUGGAUUCAACACCAAGUCGAAUCCAAAGUUCUUGCUACUUGAGUACGCCAGUAAAGGAAACCUCUUGAACCUCUUAAGACAACAGGAAGAGAAGUUCCCACUGUCUUACUUGCUGUAUUUUGCCAUUGACAUUACACAGGCCCUCAGUCACCUGAAACGUCUACGGAUUUCCCACCGCGACGUGGCCGCUCGUAACGUUCUAAUCACCCAACAGAAUAUCGCCAAACUUGCCGAUUUCGGACUAGCUCGCGACGUUUACACUACGGCACAAUACAUUCCCGUCAAUCGCCAAGGCGAGGAACAACGUCUGCCGUUAAAAUGGAUGGCGAUCGAGUCCCUCCUACAUCUUCAGUUCUCGUGCGAGAGCGACCUGUGGUCCUUCGGUGUGCUUCUGUGGGAGAUUGUAACAGGUGGGACGGACCCCAUGUACGGCAACACACAACAUCCGACCUGUCAGCAGCUGGUGACGAUACUACAGCAGUGGAUCCGUCUGGACAUGCCGGCAGAGUGUCCUCCAGACCUGUACGCCAUCAUGAAGUCAUGUUGGAGGGUUGACCCAACAGCAAGGCCGAAACCGGAUGUGCUGAGAGAAAAACUGGUUCGUGAACAAGAAAAACUGAACCCACACCAAGUAUGCAUUGAGAGGAUAACAACUGUAUGAUUCUUCAUGUAUAGUAAAAUGCUUUCAGGUUUUCUUAAUAUUAUACGUACAAACACGAUUUUAGCGUUCAUCUAGAAGUUGAUGCCUGACCUGUAUAUAGAUGAUGAAGAAUGUGGACACAGAAAUACAAUAGUUUGAUGCCGUUUAUUUCCACGACACAUGCAUCACUCAAUCGUAUGAACGUUAAUUAAAUAACAUAGGAUAUUAGAUCAGUUUGCUCAUAUGUGACGUAUUGCAUCUCUUAGUUAAUUGCCAUGAUUACAGUUUAUAGUUUGAUAUACAGUUUACAGUUUGAUAUAGAGGAAGAACUAUAUCAACUACAUCUAAAACUGAAUGUCUUUCAAGAGGUCUAGAUAAUGGGAUGAAUCUAAGGUUGAAGCCCAGACCAAAGAAGUUUUGGCAAGAAACAUAAAAUUAAGCAAAGUUGUAGGUAGCCAAGGGGCUAUUAAAUCACACCUCACAUUAGUAACGUAGAUAUACUACCUUAUUGAGCAACGUAGUGUAUGCAAUCUUUAAUGUCUCCCUCACAUGUACACCCACUCACUUCAUGUAUGUAAAUUAUCACUUGUUCACUUGCAAUUAGCCCACGGGCAAGAAUUGUCAAAUAAACUUACUAUUAACCGAAUUAGGAACAGCAUGAUUGUUGUGAUGGUUCAAGGA